CGAGCGGCCGCCGAGCGCGCAGGAAGCGCCCGGCCCGCACCCGGCCGCCUCCCCGCGCCCGGCCGCAGCCCGCGCCCCGCGCCCCGCGCCCCUCGCGGGCUCCCGCGCCCCGCGCGCAAGAUGGCUGACCCUGCUGCGGGGCCGCCGCCGGCCGAGGGCGAGGAGAGCACCGUGCGCUUCGCCCGCAAAGGCGCCCUCCGGCAGAAGAACGUGCACGAGGUGAAGAACCACAAAUUCACCGCCCGCUUCUUCAAGCAGCCCACCUUCUGCAGCCACUGCACCGACUUCAUCUGGGGCUUCGGGAAGCAAGGAUUCCAGUGCCAAGUCUGCUGUUUUGUUGUGCACAAGCGGUGCCAUGAAUUUGUCACGUUCUCCUGCCCAGGCGCUGACAAGGGUCCAGCCUCUGAUGACCCCCGGAGCAAGCACAAGUUCAAGAUCCACACCUACUCCAGCCCCACGUUCUGUGACCACUGUGGGUCGCUGCUGUACGGGCUCAUCCACCAGGGGAUGAAGUGUGACACCUGCAUGAUGAACGUGCACAAGCGCUGUGUGAUGAACGUCCCCAGCCUGUGCGGCACGGACCACACGGAGCGCCGCGGCCGCAUCUACAUCCGGGCGCACAUCGAGGGGCCCGUCCUCACCGUCUUCGUCAGAGAUGCUAAAAACCUUGUCCCCAUGGACCCCAAUGGCCUGUCAGAUCCCUACGUGAAGCUGAAACUCAUUCCGGACCCAAAAAGUGAGAGCAAGCAGAAGACCAAGACCAUCAAGUGCUCCCUCAACCCCGAGUGGAACGAGACAUUCAGAUUCCAGCUGAAGGAAUCGGACAAAGACAGGAGGCUGUCCGUGGAGAUCUGGGACUGGGACCUGACCAGCCGGAACGACUUCAUGGGCUCGCUGUCGUUCGGGAUCUCGGAGCUGCAGAAGGCGGGGGUGGACGGCUGGUUCAAGCUGCUGAGCCAGGAGGAGGGCGAGUACUUCAACGUGCCUGUGCCGCCGGAAGGAGGCGAAGGCAACGAGGAGCUGCGGCAGAAGUUUGAGAGGGCCAAGAUCGGCCAGACACCCAAGACUCCAGAAGAAAAAACCACCAACACCAUAGCCAAAUUUGACAACAAUGGGAACAGGGACCGGAUGAAGCUGAGUGAUUUUAACUUCCUGAUGGUGCUUGGGAAAGGCAGCUUUGGCAAGGUGAUGCUGUCCGAGCGGAAGGGCACGGACGAGUUGUACGCCGUGAAGAUCCUGAAGAAGGACGUGGUGAUCCAGGACGACGACGUGGAGUGCACCAUGGUGGAGAAGCGGGUGCUGGCCCUGCCCGGGAAGCCGCCCUUCCUGACCCAGCUGCACUCCUGCUUCCAGACCAUGGACCGCCUGUACUUUGUGAUGGAAUACGUGAACGGCGGCGACCUCAUGUACCACAUCCAGCAGGUUGGCCGGUUCAAGGAGCCUCACGCUGUAUUUUACGCUGCAGAAAUCGCCAUCGGCCUCUUCUUCUUACAGAGCAAGGGCAUCAUUUACCGCGACCUAAAACUAGACAACGUGAUGCUGGAUUCCGAGGGCCACAUCAAGAUCGCCGACUUCGGCAUGUGCAAGGAGAACAUCUGGGACGGGGUGACCACCAAGACCUUCUGCGGCACUCCGGACUACAUCGCUCCCGAGAUCAUUGCGUACCAGCCCUAUGGGAAGUCGGUGGACUGGUGGGCGUUCGGAGUCCUGCUGUACGAGAUGCUGGCCGGGCAGGCCCCCUUCGAAGGGGAGGACGAGGACGAACUCUUCCAGUCAAUCAUGGAGCACAACGUGGCUUACCCCAAGUCCAUGUCCAAGGAGGCUGUGGCCAUCUGCAAAGGGCUGAUGACCAAGCACCCGGGCAAACGCCUGGGCUGCGGGCCCGAAGGCGAGCAGGACAUCAAGGAGCACGCGUUCUUCCGGUACAUUGACUGGGAGAAGCUUGAACGCAAAGAGAUCCAGCCCCCGUACAAGCCAAAAGCCUGUGGGCGCAAUGCUGAGAACUUCGACCGGUUUUUCACCCGCCAUCCACCCGUCCUCACACCUCCCGACCAGGAAGUCAUCAGGAAUAUUGACCAGUCAGAAUUCGAAGGAUUUUCCUUUGUUAACUCUGAAUUUUUAAAAGCUGAAGUCAAGAGCUAAGUAGAUGUGUAGACCUCCGUCCUUCGUUUCUGUCGUUCGAGCUCGACGGCCAUCAUGGUGACAUACUUUUCAUUGCCACGUCACAUCCAUGUUUAUUUGCUGAUGAGACUGACCAUGUCCCGGAACCCAAAUGUCCUCAGCGGUUUGCAGCAUCUCUAUGAGGCGGGAUUAUGCAGGUGCCUGUCCAAAAGGCUGCAUAAUUAGCUCAUUGCCAAGUCCUCUCCCCGCGGUCCUCCUGCAUGCCGGCCAGGCAGACCCAGUGGGGACAGAAAUGCCUGCUUUCUUCUCCUUUCUCCUGCAUGGCCCUUUUACACCGUCUGCCCCUCCACCACCCCGUCUCGAUUCUGCCGCCCAGGGAGUGGAUGGCCGCGGCCCCCCGCUUCGCACCGGAGCCUGGCUGGUGUCCAAGGAUCUGGUUGCUUGGCCUCAGAGGCAAUUUCUCUGUUCUUUCUGCCUCGGAGGCACCACGUGCUCUGAAAAGAACAUGCUACAAAUAAAUUUUUUUUAAACUCAAAGUAAAGAAGAUUGUCUAAGUCCUUCUAAGUCCUUUGUAAAACUGCCUUUACAAAGUUUCUGCCUAAAAGCACCUCAGGGGGUCAAAAGACAACCAGCUUGGGUGCUACCUCAGUGCUGUCACCUCUGGCCCGAUGCGCCCCUGCUCACCUCACCCCCAAACUGCUCGGAAAGGGCAUUUGCCGUUUCCUGAGAGACAUGGUCACUCUCGCACGGUCCCAGGACCGGGAUUCACAUCACAUUUCAAACUUUAUUUGCUUUGGGGCUUUAUUUCUGUUGUUGUUCAAAUGCAAAACAAACAAACAAAAAACCAA